AUGGCUUCUAACAAAGCGACUCGCUUGGGCGAGGAGAUUUGGAAAACCCGAAUCGACAAGGUCAACGCAGAACUGGUCACUUUGACCUACGGAACUAUUGUCGCACAACUCUGCAAAGACUACGAAAGCGAUUAUGCGGAGGUCAACAAACAGCUUGAUAAGAUGGGAUACAACAUUGGUCUACGAUUGAUCGAAGACUAUCUUGCCAAAUCCAACACCAUGAAGCGAUGCGCCAACUUCCGCGAGACGGCCGAGAUGAUUUCUCGAGUUGGAUUCAAGAUCUUUCUCAAUAUCACUCCUCAGGUUGUGAACUGGACAAGCGAGAACGACCAAUUCUCGCUGGUAUUCGAAGAGAACCCCCUAGCCGACUUUGUUGAGCUCCCUGACGACGGGCGAGCGCAAGACCAACUCUGGUACUCGAAUAUCCUAUGUGGAGUGCUACGAGGUGCACUUGAAAUGGUGCAGAUGCAAGUUGAGGCUCACUUUGUUAGCGAUGUCUUGCGAGGCAAUGAUACUACAGAGAUGAGGGUUUCGCUAAUCCGCUACAUCGAUGACGAACUGCCACCUGAGGAUGACUGA